AUGACCAUCAGCCAAGCCGCUGGGGAUAACACCAUUAACUGCUGGCGUAUCCUUGCCAUCUCCUCCAUUGUGUUCUUCUUCGUGGACUUUGGGUUCUACCUCACUGUGCCUGCUCAAACGAGGAUCUUCGAAGAGAUCAUCUGUCGACAAUACACUGCUCAAGGGGACUGUAAGAUCGCUCCGGUGCAGAGCGAAUUGGCGGCUGUCAAUGGGUGGAAGGAUACAUUUGAUGCUCUACCGGGCAUUCUUCUGUCGAUUCCCUACGGUGUUCUGGCCGACCGCAUCGGACGGAAGCCAUGCUUACUGUUGGGCCUCCUUGGUGUAAUUCUGGGAGAAAGCUGGACUCGUCUCGUGUGUAUGUUUUGUUUCUGGCCGCAGAUCCUACCUCUCCGGCUGGUUUGGCUCGCGGGCGUCUUCCGUCUCCUUGGGGGUGGAGACCUGGUCGUCUCCUCCCUCGUUAGCGUGAUCGUCGCCGAUGUUUUCCACGACAAGGAUCGAGCUACGGCGCUGUUCCAACUCAGCGCGGCGGUGAUGAUCGCUGAACUACUUGCCAUCCCCUUAGGCGGCGCGCUCAUGGCGUGGAGUUCCCCAUGGCUCCCUUUCGUCCUGGGACUUCUCACCCUCGCUGCUGGGAUCCCCCUGGUGGCGUUCUUGCUUCCCGAGACAUUGCCAGAGCCUUCUUUCGAACGAAAUCAGUGCCGGACCGUAGAAGAGGAGGAUGUGGAGGAGGGCCGAUCAGACGCCUCCUUCGCCGCGCGGCUUCGUGUCCUCUUCUCGGCCAUCAACUUCAUCACACAGAGAAACAUCUUCCUCGCUCUGGCCAUGUUUCUGGCUUCCAGUCUCAGCCGCCAAUCCACCUCCCUCUUGCUUCAGUACUCGUCGACUCGGUAUGGCUGGACAAUCCCAAGGGCUAGUCUCUUUCUCUCUGUCCGCGGACUGGUCACACUGGCCGUCUAUCUCGUCCUGAUGCCUGCUCUCUCCGGCGUUCUCACGGCCACUACCAGCCUCUCGGCGAUGCAAAAGGAUCGGCGCAUGGCUCAACUGAGCGGCAUUCUCUCGGCCGCCGGUCUAGGCAUGGUUGCGCUCGCGGCCAUCCCUGAAUGGUAUGUGGCGGGGUUGGUUAUCUCAGCCCUUGGGGCGGGAUUUAUUGUCUUCGCGCGCAGCCUUGCCACCCAGUUGGUGACCCCGGCCCAGCGAAGCACGCUCUAUGCAGCAGUGGCCGUGGUGCAAUCAGUGGGUGCUUUGGCGGCCGGCCCGUUACUGGCCGAUUUAUUCCGAGCUGGUUUAACCCUGGGGAGGGAGAAAAUGGGUUUGCCCUUUCUCUUCGCUGGGCUCCUGGUUGGGUUGGCGGUUGCUGCAGUCUCCGCUGUUCGUGACAACGACAACCUCCGGGGUGAAGGGGACGAUGCAGAGCGCCAAGCCUUGCUGGGGACGUAA